AUGGCGACUAAGCGCAAACCUGAGGAAUUGGCUGUCCCCGACAUAACGGAGGAUCCAGCCGAGCGAAAGCGCGUGUUGAACGUCUUAGCUCAGAGGAGAUACCGGCGACGGAAGAGGGAGCGGCUUGAAAGUCUGCAGGCGCAGGUCGCUCAUGGCCGACCAGAUGAAACCCGUUCUCCUACGUCUACGUCGCAAGAAAAACGUAGCUCAUCUAGCGCGACGCCUGGAUCUUUGGGUGUGGAUGGCCAGACUGACGGGGCGGAUGUGCUCUUAGGGAUGCCCGCUGAGACAGGCUUUCCGUCUUCUACGUCUGCCGUAUCAUCGAACACCGGCCUCAUUCCAGAUAUAUGGUCACCGUCCCAGACGUUCUCCUUGCUGUCGCCGAACCUUUCCCCACGCGUCUAUUCAGAUCCUUCCGCAUCGACGAUUGAUGCUCUAACCUGUCUGUCCCCACCAAAUCUGUUGCUGGACCCCUUUUCCCAGGCAACAGACGGCAGCGAGGAACAGAACAUCGACUCUACCGGGCUGGAAGGCAACGCGUACAGUCUUUCUGACCAGCUCCAGAUGUACCAGACAUCCACGUUCACCUUUCCCGAUGACAGCGUGAUCGAGAUUCCGUCGUUGACCCUGCUCAAUGCGGCCAUGGCGAUUGCUACGCGGCUCAAGAUUGUGGACGUGCUCUGGGACGUUACAGCUAUCAGUCCGUUCUACCAGGGCAAAAGACCGAUCACCGUGGAGAUGUCAUUCACUCCUGCAUCCCUGAUGUCUCCGUCACCGGAAACGUCUUCCAGUGACGAUCGACAAGACCUCGACCAAGUGGACGUAGACACCUUACCGGAAAACUUCCGUCCUACUCCUUCCCAGCGGCUGAUUCCUCACCAUCCGAUUAUUGACUUGCUACCGUGGCCCAGCGCCCGAGACAAACUGAUCCAGGUCUUUAGCUUGCCAGUCGGCAUGCGUCCCAAAGCGGCACAGGACCCGAUGGGCGUGUUCCGGUUCGCAUACGACAUGGAAGAUACUGGAGGAGAAGGCAUCCGAAUCCAGGGGACGGAUCCCUUCAGCCAAGAAACUUGCGAGAUCGGCCAGGUGAUCUUUGAGCGGUGGUGGUGGGCGUUUGAUGCGGAGAUUGUGGAGCGCAGUAAUCGCGCGCGUAGGAAAAGGGGCGAAGGGGGGUUGAGAUUGCUUCGCGACUGA